AUGCGGCCCCGUCGCCGCCCAUACGCGGCCCCGUCGCCGCCACUAGCGGCCCCGUCGCCGCCCCCCCCCCCCCCUAGCGGCCCCCUAUUCCUCCAGUGCGAUAGGGCAGACGGCCUCUCCCUGUUUGACCUCACCUCGAGUGCCUCCCCUGCCCUGCCUGCCACUGCAGACAGCACUGUUCGCUCACAGUGGGCGACACGCGAUGCUGCUGCCCAUCUUGCUGUGCAUCGCCACUUACCGACCACUGAGCGUGCGCACUUUAGCCAGUACAAGAGUGCUCAGACCUUGUACGACGCUGUAGUUGCACGCUACUCUUCCCCUGCCACUGCUGCACUGAGCCGCCUCAUGCUACUGUACCUCUUCCCUGACCUUGCUGCCUUUCCCACAGUCGCUGACCUCAUUGGGCACCUCCGCACUAGUGACACUCGCUACCGCACUCCACUUCCCACUGAGUUCUGCGCCAAGAACCCCCCCACCAUGUACAUCACCCUCCACUACAUAGUCACCCGGAUCCCUGACUCUCUUUGCUUAGUCAGGGACCACUUCCUCUCAGUUUGCCCGACCACACUCACCAUUGACGUCCUCGAGGAGCGCCUCCUAGCAGCAGAGAAGAGCAUAGUCGCUGUAGGAGCCUCUCGUGGUGACCCUCGCACCCCCUUCUUUGAGGGGUGUUCCCCCUCCCCCCUCUUGCCCUCUGUUGCUUCUGCUGCUGCUGCCGACCUCGUUGGUUUCUACGGGGUCGGCGCUGCGUCUGCCCCUAGCGGGAGACGCCGCACCGGCAAGGGCAAGGGGGGCAAGGGAGCUGGAGGGACUAGCGGGGGCAGUGGAGGUGGUAGUGGAGGCAGUGGAGGGGGUGGGGGUGGUGGUGGGAGUGGUGGCGGGGGUGGCGGCGGCGGUGGGAGCAGUGGAGGCGGAGGAGGCGGCGGUGGUGGCGGAGGGAGCGGAGGCGGCGGAGGUGGCGGAGGUGGCGGAGGUGGCGCAGGCGGCGGAGGCGGCGACGGCGGCGGCGGUGGAGCUGGUCGCGACUCUGCGCAGAGGAGUGGGUCCGGUGGUGGUCCGCGCCAGCAGCAGCAGCGCGGUCGUAAGACCCUGUCCCCUCAGCAGCUUCGUGAGUGGUACGCUGCGCGUCAGCGCGGUGGGGGUAAUGGUCUCUGCACCUACGUCCUCCGUAUCGGCGACCACGCUGGUGAGCAGUGCGGGGGCCCGCACUCCACCCAGCACUGCUUCGGCCGCCUUACGGACGCGUGGCGUCACCAGUUCCCUGAGGCGUCAGAGAUCUCUCGCUGGGGAGAUCUGUCUAGGGCGGGGUUUGCCAUCUUGCAUCUUGACUAUGAUGCUAUCCUUGACGCCAUGUAUGCUGUGACUACUAGUGUUGAGGGUGACUGUUACCUGUGUGUACCGCCUGACCCGGGCAUUGAGGCUACUGCUCUAGGUGCUGGUGAGGCUGCUGCUCUAGGUGCUAGUGCGUCUGCUGCCCCAGGUACUAGUGCGUCUGCUGCCCCAGGUGCUGGUGAGUCUGCUCUCUCAGGUACUACCAGCCCCCUCUGGCACCCUGUCAGGUCUCUACCUCCCCUCGUUCUCUACGAACUUGGUGAGUGGAGCGGACCUACAGGAUAG